AUGUCCAAGCUUAUUGUCGUGACUGGUGCGACCGGCAACCAAGGCGGCUCUGUUGCAGCGACCUUUCUGGGUCUGUCCGGUUGGAGAGUCCGUGGCAUCACGCGCAACCCCGACUCGGCCAAGGCCCAAGCCCUCAAGGCGGCGGGCGCCGAGGUGGUCCGGGCCGACCUGGGCGACAGCGACACGGCGGCUUUACGGGCCGCACUGGACGGCGCCCAUGCCAUCUUCCUGAACACCGACUUUUGGGAGACUUACCGGCCGGCGGCGGCGACGCUGUUGUCUGCGGGCAAAGACCCUGCGGCGGCCGGCCGUCUUGCGUUUGACCACGAGACCAAGUGCCGCAAGAACGUGGCAGACGUGGCAGCGACGCUGCCGACGCUCGAGCGGCUGGUGGUGUCGAGCUUGACGUCUAUCGUGGGCGGCUCGCUGUUCCUGUCGGAUCCCCACGCCACCACGCGCGCGUUCCACCCCGAGGCCAAGAACUGGGCCGUCGAGUACAUUGAGACGCAGCUGCCGGCGCUGGCAGCCAAGCUGUCCGUCAUUGUCCCCUGCGCCUACAACACGAACCGCCUCAUGGUUCCGCGCAGGGCGACGCCGACGGCUACGACGGCUACGACGACGACAACAACAACCCCCGCAGGCAUCUACCAGUUCGUCUCCCCGCUCAAGAUAGACAUCCACCUGCCGACCAUUGACCCGGCCACGGGCACGGGCGCGUUUGUGCGCUGUCUCGUGGAGGACGAGCCGGCCGGCACAAAACUGCUGGCGUAUGACAGCAACCAGACGCUGGGGGACCUUGUGGACGUGUUCCGGCGCGUGACGGGCACCAACGAAGCGACGGCCGUGGUGGUGCCCGUGUCCACGGCUGCGCUCGUGCGGAUGGGCCAGUCGUGGGUGGUGCUGGCGACAGUCGACUACAUCAACGAGCACGACGCGUACGAACGGGGCGAGCCGGGGUUUGUCCGGCCGCACCAGCUGCAACACCCGCCGGCGCGGCCGUCGUACGAAGACUGGGCCAGGACGGUCGACUGGGAGAAGCUGAUUGCAGGUGAAGCGUAA